AUGGCGACUUUCAGAAAUACAAUAAAAAGAUCGUUGCUUAUUUCAAAUCAAAUAACAUUAUUAUAUUCACCAUACUCUAGAAGAAAUUCAGGUUUGUUAACUGAACGCUUGAUCAACUUUAGCAAAAGAGCAUAUAAUAGUUCAUACAUAGGCGGUAGCGGCAGUGGUGGUGGACCUAUGGGUGAUGACUCGGCAAUAUUUGCCAGCCCAGAGUUUCGAAAUCAACCACGCUUGCCACGUAAUACUAUUAUCAAUUUUGUCCCUCAACAAGAAGCUUGGAUAGUAGAACGAUUUGGAAAAUUUGAUCGUCUUUUAGAACCAGGAUUGGCAAUUGUUAUACCAUUUCUUGAAAGAAUAAAAUAUGUUAAAAGUUUGAAAGAAAUUUGUUUAAAUAUUCCUGCUCAAAGUGCCAUUACUCAAGAUAAUGUCACAUUAGUAUUGGAUGGUGUGUUAUAUUUUAAAAUCAUUGACCCAUACAAGGCGUCUUAUGGUGUAGAAGAUGCUGAAUACGCUAUUGCACAACUUGCUCAAACAACAAUGCGUGCAGAAAUUGGGCAAAUGACAUUGGAUAGGACAUUGGCGGAACGUGCACAUUUGAAUGCAAAUAUUGUUGAUGCAAUUAAUAGUGCAGCAGAUGCAUGGGGUAUUCGUUGCUUAAGAUACGAAAUUCGUGAUAUUCAUCCACCUGCAAAAGUCGUAGAAUCUAUGCAUUCACAAGUUUCUGCAGAAAGAUCAAAAAGAGCAUCAAUUUUGGAAUCAGAAGGUCAAAGGCAGGCUGCUAUUAAUGUUGCUGAAGGUUCAAAACAAUCUGUUAUUCUGGCAUCAGAAGCUCAAAAAUCUGAACAGAUAAACAGAGCAAUUGGUGAGGCUGAGGCAAUUCUUCUUAGAGCAAAGGCUACCGCAGAAGGAAUUCGUCAGAUUUCAAAUGCUAUAAAUGAAAGUAGUCGUGGAACUGACGCUGUUACUUUGACUGUUGCAGAAAGAUACGUUGAUGCAUUUGCACAACUUGCAAAAAAAGGAAAUACAAUUAUAGCAUUAUCUAUUUUUCAAACUGUAUCAAAAUCACAUAAUUACCAGCAACUACCUACAACAUUAACCUCGCCAUCACCAUCUGAAGAGAUUAAUCCAUCAGCUAAUGAAUGA